AUGACUUCUGGACUAGCAGAAUUUUUCGGCUAUCUGAUAUUGCACUCCAUAAUAUCACUGUCAGCAACAUAUCCGAUUUAUCAUUUUUUGAUCCACGAAACUCGAUCAGGGACGCUACUUGAAUUUUCCCGCUUAGACAAUGUCUCCGUGUACAGUGAUUUCUCGAAUUCAACGUCAGCAAUCGCUGUCAUUCUGCUCACCAACAGUCCAGCGCAAAAUUUCGAAGAUUUGAAAAAAUUUAUACCUAGUGAGAUUAAUAUUAUAUAUGAUCGAAGGGAAUUCAACAAACUGCAAACACCACAGGUGCAUGUCUUGGUAAGAUCUACCAAUUCCAGAUCAUUACCGGGCGCUGUAAAAUUUAUGGCCCCGCUCAAAAAGAUGAAUUCGACGGACAUUGCGAAAUUUAUAACGACGUCAUUGGCAGUUGAAAAAAACAUUUUGUCUCCAAAUAUCGAGAAAGUCGUUUGUUUUCCGGAUCAGCAAGUGAUUUUGAUGAACACUGUGCUAGGUAAAUAUCGAGCAUUUACGAUGUACGUGGUGAAUUGGAUAAAAGUGGCGAAUUCUACCAAUUUGGCCAAUGAACUGGAUGCAAAGCAAGGAUUUACUAAAGAUAAAAAUGCCGAAAUACAACUGCCUUCAGCAGUUGCUAAGGAUAUAUUGGAUCCGAUUCGAUGCGAUAUGAUGUUCGGCCAGAAUGUUAUUGAUAUUGAAAACUAG